GCAUUACGCAGGUCUCUAUUGAAGAUACUUGGUUUUCUUUCUUUUCUUUUUAAAAAGCUAUAGAAAGGGAAGAAAAUGGCAAAAGCACGAGUCAAGAAGCGCACCCAUGUCGGUGCCAAAAAUGGCCCUGCCAAUGCAAAAAAUACUGCUUCUUCGAUGUCAAAAACGCCCAAAUCCAUGGUAAUUCGAGUUGGCGGUUCACAGGUUGGUACAAGUGUGAGCCAACUGGUCAAGGAUGUACGGUUGAUGAUGGAGCCUGAUACAGCUGUGCGAUUGAAGGAACGAAAAUCUAACAGACUGAGGGAUUACACAACCAUGGCUGGACCCCUUGGUGUUACGCAUCUACUUCUCUUUUCAAAGUCGAGCACUGGAAAUACGAAUCUGCGUAUAGCUCUGACACCCCGUGGACCGACACUGCACUUCAAGGUGGAAAACUAUUCGUUAUGCAGAGAUGUGGAACAGGCAUUGAAGCGUCCGCGAGGUGGAGGACAGGACCACAAAACGCCUCCACUACUCGUGAUGAACAACUUUAACUCGCCCAAUGCAGAUGAAAACUCCAAAAUCCCCAAGCGUCUCGAGUCGCUGACCACAACAAUCUUCCAAUCCCUCUUCCCUCCUAUCAAUCCACAAGCUAUACCUCUUUCUUCAAUCCGUCGCGUCAUGCUUCUGAAUCGGGAGAUGUCUUCAAAGCCGGACGCUGAAGAAGACCCGUACAUCUUAAACCUAAGACACUACGCUAUCACAACAAAGAAGACAGGUAUCCCGAAACGGAUCCGUCGACUAGAUCCCAAGGAGAUACGCCAUAUGGACAAGAAGUCGUCUGCUAUUCCUAAUCUAGGGAAACUGGAGGAUGCCGCGGAUUAUCUACUUGAUCCGUCCGCGGCGGGAUAUACAUCAGCGAGCGAAACUGAGCUGGAUACAGAUGCCGAAGUCGAAGUCGCGGAGAGCACUACCAGGAAGGUUUUGAACAGACGGGAAAUGCAACGUAUGAACGCUGGGAAAAGUUCACAGAAAUCAACAGGCGCUUCCCAGGCUGAGAAACGGGCCGUUAAGCUGGUUGAAUUGGGGCCACGGAUGAGACUCAGGCUGAUCAAGGUUGAGGAAGGCUUGUGUGAAGGGAAAGUGAUGUGGCACGAUUUCGUGAACAAAUCGGAGAAGGAGAUCAGUGAGCUUGACAAGAGUUGGGACCAGAGGAGAAAGGAGAAGGAGGAAAGAAAGAAGAAACAAAAGGAGAAUGUCGAGAGGAAACGACAGGAGAAGGGCAAGGCGAAUGCAGAUGGGGAAGAUGGAACGGAUAAUGAAGAUGAGGAUGAGGACAUCGAUAUGGAUGAAGAGUGGUUGAGUGACGAUUUUGAUGAUGAGGAUGGCGAGGAGCAGGAGGAUAAUUCUGAUGAGUCCAUGGAGGAUUGAACGCGUGCUUGAGGACGUUUAAUUCGGCACGAUGUUCGCCUAUGGGUCAACGGCUUCUGUGUGUCCUGAGAUGUACUCAAGCACCCGUCUAUCAUCAUGGUAUGUGAAGGGCUCCGAUAUACUACAUACAACAACUUGAUAUGAUGGCUUUUGUGGUGUCCGAAGAAGAGGCGUUUUCAGUGCAUUUAAGGGAUAUGACAUUCCAACAAAAGUUAAAUGUCGAUUUUGAUAAUAUAGAACUAUACCCGAAAGGUUCGUCUGGUUUAUAGUGAAAAGGAAUUGAAUAUCGAA